AUGACCCAACCUAUUUAUCUGGGCAUCGUCGGCCUCGGCGGCGUUGGCAAUGCCUUUUUAGAACAGCUUGGCCGACUGCGAGACCCGCCGAGGCUCGUUCUGCUCGCCCGCUCAACACGAACACUUUCUUCCCCAACGCCAGCGUAUUCGCCAUGUAUCCCUUUCACUGACUGGGAGACUGCUACGAGAUCUUCCUCACUGAUUCAAUCAAAUGCCUUGCUACCAGCUGAGAUAGCAAAGUUCCUCGCAUCCGCCCCAGGCAGGGCGAUCCUAGUGGACAACACAUCCGACCUCAUCCUGGCAAAAGCCUACCCUAUGUUUCUCAGACAAGGCGUGUCAGUAGUGACACCCAACAAAAAGGGGUUCUCGGAGGACAUCUCGUUAUUCAAUGAUAUUUUUGCAUCUGCCGUUCAAGGAAAUUCUCUUAUCUACCAUCAGUGUACGGUGGGCGGAACUCUGCCGGUCCUAUCAACACUCAGGGACUUGAUAGCGACGGGAGAUGAAAUCAUUCGAAUUGAAGGCGUUCUUUCGGGAACACUCUCGCUUCUCCUGGGUCAAUUCAUGCCCGGAUAUGGCUCGUCAGAUGCGCAGUGGAGUUCCCUUGUCUCCCACGCCAAAGAAAUUGGACACACGGAACCGGACCCUCGCGAUGAUCUAAAUGGACUUGAUUUCGCACGAAAGCUAACAAUUCUGGCCCGGGUCAUCGGUGUUGAGGUGGCUCGUCCCGAUUCGUUUCCCGUUGAAUCCCUCAUCCCCGCUGAGCUCUCGUCACUAUCGUCCUCGGCUGAUGGCAUUACGGAAUUUAUGACGCGGUUGCCGAAUUACGACGAUCGGAUGAAUAUGGCUAAGGAUGCGGCGCGGAAGCAGGACAAGGUCUUGCGCUAUGUCGGCAGCAUUAACGUGUCCACUCGGGCCAUCAAGGUUGGCCUUGAGCAUGUUGAGAAGGGCAGUCCGCUCGCCAAUCUACACGGCAGUCAGAUCGUGAGCAUUUAUAGCAAGCGAUAUGCUGCCAGCCCACUAGUCCUGCAGGGUGGUGGGGGCGGUGGUGAGAUCACAGCAAUGGGAUUAAUGGCUGAUUUGCUUAAAGUAAUGGAGCGGCUAAGGUAA